AUGGCUGAUUCUAAAGUUGCCAUAUUUCCUGCCUCUGGGGGGAUUGGUGGCAGUACUUUAACGCACCUUGUCGACGCCAUCGAUCCGUCUCGAAUCAUCGCUAUUGUUCGAAACCCAGACAACAUCUCGAGUCGCAAUCGUAAUAGCGGAAUAUCCAUACGUGUUGCCGAUUAUGACAAGGAAUCAACGUUAGAACACGCUUUUGACAAUGCCUCUAUCCUUAAUUUGAUCUCCUACGCCAGUAUUCAACACAAGCAUCGAUACAAUGCUCACAAGCUCGCCAUUGAUGCUGCUCGUAAAUCGGGUGUCAAGCACAUCUUUUACAGCUCUUUAGCGUUCGCUGGUGAUGGCGAACCAAUUUCAGAGGCCCACGUCAUGCAAGCACAUCUUGACACCGAAAAAUACCUUGCCUCAAUCGCAGCUCAGGAUCCGUCGUUCACCUACACUGUCGUGCGUAUCGGCCUCUAUUCAGAAUCAUUCCCGCUCUAUACAGCUUUCUUCGACCUCAAAAAUCCUUCCGAUGAGAUCAGAAUCCCACAUGACGGGAGUGGUCCGGGCAUCGCGUGGGCAAAGCAAGACGAAUUGGGAGAGGCAGCGGCGAAGUUGAUGAAGUCUUAUCUCGCGUCCCCCAAGACAUUCGCAUAUAUCAACAAAAUAAUUCUUCUUUCAGGACCACGUGUAUGGUCUCUUUCGGAAACGGCAGAGGUUCUUGGCCGUGUUGCAAAGAAGCCGGUGAAAAUUCGACAGGUUACUGUGGAACAGUAUUCUCUUCAGCCGCAAGUACAGCGUGGCAUGACUUACGGUGGCGGUGAUUUGGCACCGGCAUGGGCUACGGCCUUCGAAGCUAUUCGCCGUGGUGAAGCUGCUGUUGUUACCCCUCAUCUUCGCCAGCUACUUGGCCGGGAGCCAGAACCAUUUGACCAAACUAUUGCAAAAAUGGUUUGA